GGGAAAUUGUUGGUGCAGAUUGGCGUGCGCGGAACUGCAUUGUCGUUUUCUGACCAUUCGUGACCGCGGCGCCCGUGGACGUGCGAAGGAUCAAGUGAUGAGUACUGCACCAACCCUAAGUGGAGAUGCGCUGAAAGAAGCCUUGAAGAGCCAAGUCGAAUUCUACUUCUCCAAGGCGAACCUCGUCAACGACACUUUCCUCGUCUCGCAGAUGAACUCCCAAAUGUAUGUCCCCGUGGACGUGAUUGUGGGCUUCUCGAAGAUCAAGGCACUGACCACGGACGUUGCAUUGGUUGUCGAUUCCAUCAAGGACUCCACGGUUUGCUCGUUGAGCCCGGAAGGUGAUGCCAUCAAACCCAACAUCAAGUCGGAGCGCAACACGAUCAUCCUUCGUGAAAUUCCGUCCGCCACCGAUCCCAAGGACGUCGAAGCGAUCUUUGAAGGGUGCGGCACUGUCGCUAGUGUUCGCAGUGAUGUCGGUGACACAUGGUUCGUGACCAUGGCCACGGAGGAAGAUGCCGUGAACACGCUCUUGGCGCUGCGUUCCAAGACAUUCCACGACGCGCCUAUCAAAGCCCGCCUCAAGUCGGAGAACGUUUUGCGCUCGUUUCUGCCGGAAUCCACUCCGUCCGCCAACACCACACCGUACCAACCCACGAACGGUUCAAUUUACGGCAACGCGCCGUACUACAGCCAGGCAGUGCCAAAUGCAUUCGGUGUACAAUACGCCGGCCGCACCCCCAUUGCCAAGACUGUCAAAGUUGGCAAAGGCAAGAAAGGCCAAUCCAUCACAGGUGCUGCCGUCAUGGCUGCGCCCACGACCCCAACCAACGCGACAUCGAAGAAAUCCAAGAAGAAGAAGGACCUCUCGGCGGCUGCGACCCCGGCGGCCGCGUCUGGUCCUAAGUCGGCAGGCAAGCACAGCGAACGCCAGCCUAUCUUGAACUCGGCCAACUUCCCACCGCUCCCCCUCGUGAGCGCGAAUGGAGCCGACAUUACGUACAAGUACAGCCACGACGACAUCAUGGAGAUUGUGAAGCACAUGGACGACACAGACUGCGUUCUCCCCGCUGGAAAGAUGGACUUUGAGACGCACGAAAGCGCGUUGACGCCCGUCGCGCACCCGGAUCUGCUCAAAAACCAGCGCACGUACAGUAUCGAACAGGCGCGCGAAGCAUUGCGCCAAGGACGACCGAUCCGCAGUGACUCGGUUGGGUCUGUUGACUACGAAAGUCUCAUGUAUGGCGAAGAGUACACGAAGGAAGCGCGUGAAUUGCGCGCGGCCGCAUCGAAGGACGACGCCAAGAAGCCCGCGGCUGCCGUGUCGGUGGGCGGGUAUGCCGCGGCGUUGAUCCAUGGCACGCCAGUGGUGGUCUCGCCCAAGAAGGUCGCUGUCAAGGUGACCGAAGCGCCCGUUGAAGCGGAGAAGAAGGACAAGGCUGUUCUUGUCACGGAGAAAAAGACCCCGAAGAAGAAGAAGGCCAUCGACACCCCUGCCGCGGCCCCAGUGGUGUUGACUGGUGCGUGGGGUGGCCGGUCGUUUGUGGACGUUGUGACCAAGCCCAAGGACGAGAAAGCUGCUGUAGGAGUAGAUAAAGCGACGAUUGAAUAGGAAGCGCAACGGCCGGCGUGAUGCAUUUUUAGAGAUAAUUCAUGGACUUUUUUUGCAUUUCCCA